CUGAGUACAUAGCAGCCCAUUGCUGGUCCGUCCCACAACAUAACACGAGGUGAUGGCCUACCUCCCUUCCUCUUCCCCCCUCACCUCCUCCGCCGCCCACCGCGCCUCCAAAACCCUAACCCUCGCCUCCCUCUCCCCCGGUUCCAUCCUCCAUCAUGCCUUCUCUUCCUCAUCCUACUCCGACCUCACUCCAGCCGCCGCCGCGGCCGGCGAUCCUGGCCCCUCCGAUCAGGAUUCCAGCUCCGCCUCUCCUCCUCCUUGCCGGGAGAACUCCACGAAGAAGGAAGAGCAGCUGCACGAGACCAUCUGCUACAUGAUGGCACGGCGGCCCUGGACCACCCGCCUCCAGAACUCCAUCCGCUCCCUCGCUCCCUUCGACCAGUCCCUCGUCCUCGCCGUUCUCCGCGGCGCCCGCCAUCCCGACCACGCCCUCCACUUCUUCCGCUGGGUCGAGAAGACUGGCUUCCGCCAUGAUCCCGAUACCUAUCGGGAGAUCAUCUUGCUCCUUGCCCGCGCCUCCAUGCUCAACCACGCCCGUUGCAUCCUGCUCGACGAUAUGCCUGACCGCCUCGUUCCCCCUUCCGAGGACAUGUUCGCCACCCUCAUCGAGGGCUACGGCUGCGCCCGCAUUCCCCAGGAAGCCGUCAAGAUCUUCCGCCGCCUCCCAGAGCUCGGCGUCACCCGCACCAUCCGCUCCUACGAUGCCGUCUUCAAGGCCAUCCUUCGAUCCGGCCGCGUCGCCAUGGCCAGGCGCCUUUUCAACGCCAUGAUCGCAGAGGGCGUCCUCCCUGGCCUCUCCACCUACAACACUCUCCUUUGGGGCUUCUGCCUCUCUAUCAAGAUGGAGACCGCCCAGCGCUUCUUCGCUGACAUGAAGGAGCGGGGAAUCGCUCCGGAUCUCGUCACCUAUAACACCAUACUUAACGGUUGGUCGCGAGCGAAGAAGAUGGACGAUGCCGAGAAGGUCUUCGCUGAAAUGACUGCGGCUGGUUUCGCUCCCAAUUCCAUCUCCUACAACAUCAUGAUCAAAGGCUACGUUUGCUCUGGCAGGGUGGACGACGGGCUGCGGAUGUUUUCGGAGAUGGGCGAGAAAGGCCUGACGUUUAGUGAGAAGACAUUUGCAGCUCUCAUGCCGGGUCUCUGUGAUGACGUUGGGAGAGCUGCAGAAGCUCAGAAGGCACUAAAUGAGAUGGCCAAGCUACGGCUGACUCCAAACGAUAAGUCCAUAUUCCUGAGGCUGGUCACUUCACUUUGCGAGUCGGGUGACUUGGAAGGGGCACUGGAGGUGCACCGGAAGACAUCCCAGUUCAAUCACGUUGUAGUGGACCCAAUGCAGUAUGGUGUUCUGUUGGAGAGCUUAUGCAAGGGAGAAAAGCAUGAGAGUGCUAUAGCAUUGCUCGAUGAGCUUCUUGAGAAAGGGACGAUGCAGAGUCCUCAAUACCCCACCCUGGAGCCAUCUGCAUACAAUCCAAUGAUCGAGUACUUGUGUGAUCAUGGCGACACAAAGAAGGCGGAGGCUUUCUUCAGGCAAUUGAUGAAGAAAGGGGUCGAUGACAAGGUUGCCUUCAACAGCUUAAUCCGUGGGCACGCAAAGGAGGGGAUGCCAGAGGCUGCUUCAGAGAUACUCACUAUCAUGACUCACCAUGGGGUCCCGACUGAUGCUGAUUCUUAUGUCUUGCUCGUUGAGAGUUUCUUGAAGAAAAGUGAGCCGGCGGAUGCAAGGACAGCACUGGGCAGCAUGAUGGAGCAGGGGCACUUGCCGAGUGCAUCUUUGUUCCGCUCAGUGAUGGUGGCACUUUUUGAUGAUGGCCGGGUUCAAACAGCUAGUCGUGUGAUGAAGAGCAUGAUAGAGAAGGGGGUGAAAGAGAACAUGGACAUGGUCCAUAAGAUCCUGGAAGCACUUUUCAUGAGGGGUCAUGUUGAGGAAGCCCUUGGGCGAAUCAAUCUGAUGAUCAUGAAUGACUGCACUCCUGACAUCGACCACCUGCUGAUUACUUUAUAUGACAGCGACAAGGCAACUGAAGCCCAAAAGCUGGUGGAAUUUGCUUUGGAGAGGGAUUGUGAUGUCAGCUUCUCAAGCUAUGACCGGGUGUUGGAUGUGCUUUAUACCGCAGGGAAGACACUGCCAGCCUACUCGAUACUGUGUAAGAUUAAGGCCAAGGGAGGAGUUGUGGAUAAAAAGGGCUGUGAUGAUAUAAUCAAAAGCCUCAUUGCAGAAGGGAAAACGAAGCAAGCUGAUAUUCUGUCGAGGAUCCUGGCAGGGAAGGCACCCAGUGGAAAGAGUGGUGAAAGAGUUGCAAUGGAUGCUUUCUGAAGUACGUGGUAUCAGAUUGGUCACAUCUUCUGUAAUUUGGGCACUUGUUUUUUACAUAUUCGGAUCCAUAAGUGGACUCGCAGACAAAACCGGUAUCCGUGCAGGUUAUUUACUAGUUUCAAAUAAAGAUCAAAGUAUGGGUAGUCUUUUCCCUC